AACUUCCGGCUGCAGGUGGGCGCGCGUUGCCUAACGACUUUCCGCGCGGACGGUGGGCAGGCGACGGCGGCGUGUGGAUGGAGGCUUAUGCCCUUGGCCCAGCGCGGCAGGGCAGGCGGCGGACCCGGGCCGCCGGCUCCCUGCUCUCUCAGGCCGCCAUCCUCCUCUUUAUCUCCGCCUUCCUGGUGCGGGUGCCCUCAUCAGUUGGACACUUGGUUCGAUUACCAAGAGCUUUUCGCUUGACCAAAGAUUCAGUGAAAAUAGUGGGAUCAACAAGUUUUCCAGUGAAAGCAUAUGUCAUGCUCCAUCAAAAGAGUCCACACGUGUUAUGUGUAACGCAACAACUGCGAAAUGCUGAACUGAUAGACCCAUCAUUCCAAUGGUAUGGGCCUAAAGGAAAAGUUGUUUCAGUAGAAAACCGCACUGCACAAAUAACAUCCACAGGAAGCCUUGUAUUCCAAAAUUUUGAGGAGAGUAUGAGUGGAAUUUAUACAUGUUUCCUCGAAUAUAAACCUACUGUGGAAGAAAUUGUUAAACAUCUUCAACUAAAAUAUGCCAUAUAUGCUUAUCGUGAGCCUCAUUAUUAUUAUCAGUUCACAGCUCGAUAUCAUGCAGCUCCCUGCAAUAGCAUUUAUAAUAUUUCUUUUGAGAAGAAACUACUUCAGAUUUUAAGCAAACUGCUUCUUGACCUUUCGUGUGAAAUUUCCUUACUUAAGUCUGAAUGCCAUCGCGUUAAAAUGCAAAGAGCUGGUUUGCAAAAUGAAUUGUUCUUUGCAUUUUCAGUUUCAUCUCUAGACACUGAAAAAGGACCCAAGCCAUGUACAGACCAUAAUUGCGAACCUUACAAAAGACUUUUUAAGGCUAAAAAUCUCAUAGAGAGAUUUUUUAAUCAACAAGUAGAAAUUCUUGGCAGACGUGCAGAACAAUUACCUCAAAUAUACUAUAUUGAAGGUACUCUCCAAAUGGUUUGGAUUAAUCGCUGCUUUCCAGGGUAUGGAAUGAAUGUCCAGCAACAUCCAAAAUGUCCUGAGUGCUGUGUGAUCUGCAGCCCUGGAUCAUAUAACCCCCGUGAUGGAAUUCAUUGCCUUCAAUGCAAUAGCAGCCUGGUGUAUGGAGCAAAAACGUGCUUAUAAGCCAUUAUCUUCAGUUAUUCAGUGGUUUAUUAAAUGCAAAGUAUAUAUUUGAAACAUUAACGUAAUAAAUUAUUAUGCCAAAAUUAA